ACAGUUCUUGAAAUUAAAAGACAAGAUUCCUUAAACUAUUACAAUUUAGAACUGAAAAAAGGUUAACACUUCCCAGUUCCCACCCAGAUCUAAAUCCAACUAACAAUACUAAUAAUAUUCUGAUACAAAUAUUUCACCACAAUUUUCUUCACUUAUUUCACUCUUCAACCUAAGAAACAUAAGCUUAAACAUUCACCAUUCUCUUCAACUCAUUCUAUAAACACCCUUGUUACAACUCUAUCAAAGUUGCACUCUUUAAUCACUUCUCAAGGUUAAUCUCUUUCAGUUCCAUUCACAAUCUUCUCCAAGACUAAAAAGUUAGAGAUCUAUACAUUCUGAUCAUUUGGGUAUAUCUGAGGAACAAUCACAUUCACAUCAGUGUCUGAAGCAACUAACACAGUGAGUGACCCUUUGAAUAAAGAGCCUAAAGGGUAUCUAAGGAUCUCUGAAAUCUGUUGAAUUUCAGUGGUUUUUGUAACAAAAAGUGUAAAAGGGUUAUUUACUAUUCAGCAACAUGGGGGCUGGAAAUGGUUUAUUUUAUCCAUUAUUUGCUUUUGCAACGGUGGUGUUUUUCAUUUAUACGUCAUUUGGGGAUGUAAGGUUUGGUUUUGAGGAAGAAAUUGAAUUGGGUUUUGUGGAGAGAAAAGGGUCUCAAUUUGUGUUGGAUGGAAAAGCUUUUUAUAUUAAUGGGUGGAAUUCUUAUUGGUUAAUGGUUCAAUCAGUGGAUGCUUAUACAAGGCCUAGGGUACGUGAAAUGUUCAAAGCUGGGGCUAAAAUGGGUCUCACUGUUUGUAGAACUUGGGCAUUUAAUGAUGGUGACUAUAAUGCCCUUCAAACUUCCCCUGGUGUAUUCAAUGAAGAAGCUUUCAAGGCCUUGGACUAUGUCAUAGCCGAAGCAAGGAGACAUCGAAUUAGGCUGCUUCUCAGCUUAGUAAAUAACUUGCGUGCAUAUGGUGGGAAGGAUCAGUAUGUCAAAUGGGCAUGGCAAGAAGGGGUAGGGUUAAGCUCAUCUAAUGAUUCUUUCUUCUAUGAUCCAUCAAUUCGAAGUUAUUUCAAAAGUUAUGUCAAGACUAUUCUGACAAGGAAGAAUACUAUCACUGGAAUUGAAUAUAGGCAUGACCCUAUCAUUUUUGGUUGGGAAUUGAUUAACGAACCUCGGUGUGUAACCGAUCCUUCUGGUGACACUCUCCAAGAUUGGAUAGAGGAGAUGUCAACUUUUGUCAAAUCGAUCGACAAGAAACAUUUGGUGACUGUUGGGCUUGAAGGUUUUUACGGUCCUAAUGACCCGAAAAGGUUGACUGCCAAUCCACCAGAGGAGUGGGCAUCCAAACUUGGAUCUGAUUUCAUUAGGAACUCACAAACCUCAAAUAUUGACUUCACCUCUGUCCAUAUUUACGCUGACCAUUGGUUUCAUAAGCAAGUUUUUGAAGACUAUAUGAAAUUUGUCUCCAAGUGGAUGCAUUCUCACAUUGAAGAUGGAGAUAAUGUAUUGAACAAACCUGUAUUGUUCUCUGAAUAUGGAUUAUCAGACACAGUCAAGAACUUUUCAUUGUCUAACCGAGAAACGAUGUACAAAACAAUUUUAGACAUAUCCUUCAAUUCUGCUAAGAAAAACCGGUCUGGAGCAGGCGCUUUGGUUUGGCAGUUCUUAGUUGGCGGAAUGUCCGAGUUAAUCGAUGAUUUCGGGAUGGUUCCAUGGGAAAGGUCAUCAACCUAUUCGCUAUUUAUUAAACAUUCAUGCAGAUUAACCAAGGUCAACAAGGGAUUGACUCAACAGAACCCAAGUUUCAAACAAUUGUGCUAGUGAAAUUAUGGAAAUCACAAUUAUAAAGGAAAUGGGUUUUUGUGUGGCUAAAGAAUGCUAAUGAGUGCAUGGCUUGUUUUGUACAAUAUCCUGUUUUUUUUUCUUCAUAAUUAUUGUUGCUGUUGGGGUGCAUAGUGGGGUAUAUAUGUUUUGCAUUAGAUUAGAUAAUCUAUUUUAAAGUUUGUAAUCAAGAUAUACAAAAUCUUCAAGUAGAAGAAAAAGUUUUUGAAUUUAUACAAGUAAUAUCCUUUAAUCCAAUCGGCACCCUCUGGCAGUUUGGCUUUA